AUGUUGAACAAUUUUCAAGUGAAAUCUCUGGUCUUGGCCCUACUUAUGGCCAAUGUAAGCCAUUUACAUGGACAACCAUUGCAGGAUCAUCAUGACCGAGAGCAGCGACAAUUGAAACAGAUGGCAAUGCCUGGAGGAACAGCAGCAGCAGCAGCAGCUGGCACUACGGAAGCCGAGGUACAAAUGAUGGCGAAUACAACCCCAACAAUGACCAUGCCCAUGGCCAUGAAUCAAAUGGGAUUGAGUGGCAUGCAAUUGGCACGUUAUCCACAAUUAUAUUUUGGUCCUGGUGCUGGAUAUCCUUUGCCUGUUCCCGGUCUGCAAACAAAUAUAGCCAACAAUUAUCCAAGUUAUCCUAAUGGCGGCUUUCCGGGUGCCUUUGGUGUGCCACAAGGAUAUCCCACUGGCUUGAUGUAUCCUUCGCCAGUGUUUGCACCUCCUCCGCAGCAGCCACAGCAGCAGCUGCCCAAUGGUUUUGUGCCUCAGCCAUCGGUGGAUAAUUAUGCCAAUUUGAAUAACAUUGUCAAUAUGGCCAAUAUUCAGGGUCUGCAGGGAGCCACAACAACCAACAAUGGUUUCUAUCCACCACCACCGCCCACUGGAUUCCAGGGAGGUCCUGUGUUGCCUGGUCUAUAUCCAACGCCUCCUAAUGCUGGCUUUAUGCCAGCUUAUGCUUCUGCUUUUUAG